CUGGGCUUAGGUCAGAGAGGGCACAGGGUCAGGGGCUCAGGCUGAACACAGACUCAGGACUGUGCUUGGUCUGCUGGGGCUUUGGGGCCCAGGAAGUGUCAGCAUGGUCCUGGAGCUCUACAUGGAUCUUCUGUCAGCAUCCUGCCGCGCUGUCUACAUCUUUGCCAAGAAGAAUGGCAUAGCCUUUGACUUCCAGUUUGUAGAUCUGCUGAAAGGUCAUCACCAUAGCAAGGAAUACAUUGAGAUCAACCCCCUGAGGAAGCUGCCCAGCCUCAAAGAUGGAAAAUUUAUCUUAUCUGAAAGUGUGGCCAUCCUUUUUUACCUGUGCCGAAGGUACAGCACACCCUCCCACUGGUACCCACCAGACCUGCACUCACGGGCCCGCGUGGAUGAGUUCAUGGCCUGGCAGCACACGGCCAUUCAGCUGCCCAUGAGCAAGAUACUCUGGAUCAAGUUGCUGAUCCCAAUGAUCACAGGUGAGGAAGUUUCAGCUGAUAAGACAGAACAGGUGCUGGAAGAGGUGAAGCAAAACAUGCAGUUCUUCGAGGAGAAGUUUCUACAGGACAAGCUGUUCAUCACUGGGGACCACAUCUCACUGGCUGACUUGGUAGCUCUAAUGGAGAUGAUGCAGCCCAUGGGGACCAAUUAUAACGUUUUCCUCAGCUCCAAGCUGGCUGAGUGGCGCAUGAGAGUAGAGCUGGCAAUUGGCUCUGGCCUCUUCUGGGAUGCCCAUGACCGGCUGUCGAAGUUGGCAGAAUGGGACUGUUCAACACUGGAUCCACUUGUCAAAGACAGAAUUUCUGACUUUGUGAAGAAGUCCAAGUGACCCCAGAGGCAGCUGAUCCAGCAGGACUUGACUGGCUCAGUCCUCUCAGCCUCCUUCCUUAAAGGAGAUACUAAAAAAACAACUGUGUUCUUUUGCCCAAUAAAGAAUUGGAACAUCCAUCAUGA